UAGAAGGGGUUCGCGCGGUGUACACGCAUGCAACCAGGGGCGCUCACGAGCUCCGUGACGUCACAACAUGGCCGCCGGUGCGGAGCGGGCGGUGUGUGAGGGCUGCGCGCGUCCCAGUCGCCUGUGGACACAUGUCAGAGUUCGCGCGACAGCGAGCGGAGUCAUGUGACCCCACCGCUCUCCGGUUCCGACUCCACCUUUUUAUCAUUUGAAAUAGCAGUUACGAGCACUGAUUUUUUUUUCUUUUUUUUUUUUAGUUCAGCCGCAUACGUUCGCGUAGACGCAGUGAAAAUUUUUUUUUUAAGAAAAUUAAAAAAAAUUAAAGUUAACGGGAGAAGAAAACGAUUUGCCUUAAUAACAGAAAAAAUAGCGUAGGUAAAAAAAAAAAUAAUAGGGAUUCACGUUCCUUCGUAGGUUAAACUAGUAGUGAGUGCGUCUGCCUGUGCUUGUGUGUGUGUGCGAGAAUACCGCGGAAACGGACGAAGAUGUCGCUGCUCAGCGUGACAGUGAAGAAAGCGCGUUAUGUGGGAGCUCAAGCCGUGCAGUUCAACACCUACGUCACCUUGAAGCUGCAGAACGUGAAGUGCACCACGGUGGCGGUGAAAGGGGCCGACCCGUGCUGGGAGCAGGACUUCCUCUUCGAGACGAACGACGUGAACACGGGUCUGCUGCUGGAGGUGUGGAGCAAGGGCUUGUUGUGGGACCGCGCGCUCGGCUACCACUGGAUCCCGCUGCCCUCCGUCAAGUACUCCAACGAGGAAGGCACCGGGCAGUGGCUCUCCCUGGACUCGGAGCAAGUGAUGAGAGAUGGUGAGGUUGUCGGGACCAAGACUCCCACCGGACACUCGCUGCUGGUGGACUGCCGCUUCGAGCUGCCAUUCGGUCGGUGUGACCCCCCUUCCGGCUGGCGGAGUUGCCUCUCCAGCGACGUGCUGCGGCUGCAGCAGCUUAGGGCCGACCGCGAGUUGGCCCGGGAAGAUCCGGACAACACGGAGGCCGCCGACCUGCAGCGCAAGCUGGAGAUGCUCAACAGCAUCAUGGACCAAGAGGCGCGCGCGGAGCAGGCCCGCCGCCAGCUCCAGUACUACGGAUGCUCCGGCUACUCGGAGGACAGCGACUACACCUCCGACCUCAACUACCCGGUGGGCCACCACGCCAACUCGUCGGCGUCGCAGUUCCGCGCCGCCGCGCACCAGUUGACCACGCCGCAGCGCUCGCUGGAGACGAGCCGCGAGAACUCGUACGAGCGCGACGACUACGGCGGCGCCAACCAGCAGCACCAGCACCAGCAGCACCAGCACCGCCAGCACCGCCGGUCGCCGGGAGGCGGCUACAGCCACGCGCGCGACCCUUCCUCCGGCCGCCGGUACAGCGACAACGAGUCGGAGCCGCUGUACUACAACAGCCGCCCCAAGAACUACAAGGAGUACGUCAGGCGCAGGAAGACGGCCUGGGACUCACAAAGCAGUCCUGAUGCGUGGUACUCGGCGGAUGGAUACACCAGCAGCUUCUCCCAGGACGUGGCGGACGGCGAUAUGUACUACCCCGCCAGCACAGAAAAUAACAAGCGUGUCAGAGGGAGCUCGAACCGGCGGCCCAGCUUGGAGCGGCAGACGACCCUGUACGACGACCACUACUACGGCGACGGUUACUAUGGAAACGAGGACCAAACCGACUCCUACAGGUACGGCCAGCAGGAGGAGGACCGCCAGUGGGACGCCGGAGGAAGCUACCACUACGGCUACGACGACCGGGACCAAUACGAGAACCGCGCCAACAAGCGGCGCUCCUACCAGGCGACCUCGGCGCGCCGCGGCGCCCGGCCGCCCCCGGCGCCGUCCCUCGAGGACCAGGAGGAGGGCGAGGACGCCUACUACUCGCCGCGCGGCGUCAGCUACGAGGAGGACGACGCCGCCUACGUGUCCCCGGCGUCCGCCGCCGCGUCCGCCACGCCCGCCUCCAAACGCCGCCUCCUGCUGCAGCAGCAGCGGCGCUCGGGCAGCCGCCACAGCUCCGUCGAGGAGCCGCCCGCCGUCUCCGCCGCCGCCUACGGCUACGGCGGCGGCGGCUACUACGACGACGACUACGCGCCGCCGCCGCCGCCGACGACGACAACGCGGCAGAUCCCCGCGACGCCUUCCGCCGCCGGCACGCCCACCAUCACCGUGGCGCCGCCCCCGCCUCGCACGCGCCACAAGCUGCCGCCCACUCCGGUGCAGCGCGCCGCCGCCGCCGCCGCCGCCGGGUCGCGCUCCGCCUCCUUCGAGGAGGGCUACCACUACCCGGCGUACAACGAGGACUACAACUACGCGUACCGCAGCACGGACAACCUGGGGCCGGCGGUGGUGGAGGUGGCGGCGGUGGCGGAGGCGGCGGCGGUGGUGCCGGGCUUCCAGCACCAGAAGAGGCGCGACUCGCACCAUCAGCCGGCGGCGGCGGCGCCGAGCUACGACGACGACUACUACUACGAGGGCGAGGAGGACCGCGCCGAGGAGGAGGAUGAGGAGGAGGAGGAAGAGGAGGAGGACUACUACGCGGUGGAGAGGCGGGGCGGGGGCGGCGCGGGGCUGCGCGCGGGCGGCCGCAGCCCGCUGCUGCUGCAGCAGAACACGGACUCGCUGGAGUCGCGCGACGACGAGCUGCGCGAGUCCUUCGAGACGGCCGUGUCGUCGCCCAGCUCGUCCCUGGCGCACCGCGGGCCCGCCCCCGCCGCCGCCGAGACUGCCCCCGCCCCCGCCCCCGCGCUCCUGCCGCCGCCUCCCGCCGCCGCGUCGCUGCCCCUCCGCGCUAGGGACCACGACCAGAAGCUGUCGCAGGCUCGCACAGGCCUCAGCGCGGCCUACACACCGCAGGUGGCGAGGCCCGCCGCCCCCGCCGCCGUCAUCGCGCCGCCGCCGCCGCCCAGCCAGCUGCACCACGGCGCGACGCAGCGCGGCUACCUGCGCGCCCAGGAGUCGCUCGACAGCUGCGCGGAGGAGGCGGCGCUCGGCGGGCCGCCGCCGCCGCAGCCGCCCCCGGCCGCCGCCGCCGCCGCCUCGCUCAGGGACUCGCCCGCCUCCGUGUUCCUGGACCGCCACGGCGCCGGGACGCCCGUCGACCCGUACCCGACGCCGGCGCAGCGCGCGCCCGAGAACAGCCUCAUCGAGCCGUACCAGCCGUCGCCGCCCAAGGUGUCCUCGGUGGUUGGAUCGCCCUCCCCGCCCGCCUCCUCCGCCCCCGCCACGGACGAGCAGCAGUCGCUGAGCCCCACGGCGAGCGUGCAGGACUCGGCGGCGGGAGGCCGGCGGCGGGGGGUAAGCGGGGGCGGCACGGACAGCGGCGACAAGUCCAAGAGCGUGUCCUUCGAGGACGAGGUGUCCUCGUCGGCGGAGCAGCAGCAGCAGCAGCAGCAGCAGCAGCAGCAGCAGCAGCAGCAGCCGCAGGAGCGGCGCGCAGUCACGGCCAAGGAGCGCUGGCACUGGGCCUUCAACAAGAUCUGCAUGCAGCUGAACAGCGGGGCUGGCGGCGGUGGAGAUGGAACGGGAAGAGCAAAUGGGCAUCCAGGGGACAACCCUUUCUACAGCAACAUCGACUGCAUGCCAGACAUCCGCCGCAGGAAGUCGAUACCUCUUGUCUCCGAGUUGACAAUGGCAGCCACCAAGAGGAAUGCUGGCCUCACGUCCGCUGUACCGCGAGCCACCUUGAACGACGAAGAACUGAAAAUGCACGUGUACAAGAAGACGCUGCAGGCGCUCAUCUACCCGAUCUCCAGCACGACGCCGCACAACUUCGUGCUGUGGACGGCGACGUCGCCCACCUACUGCUAUGAGUGCGAGGGCCUGCUGUGGGGGAUCGCGAGGCAAGGGGUGCGCUGCACCGAGUGCGGCGUCAAGUGCCACGAGAAGUGCAAGGAUCUUCUGAAUGCCGACUGCUUGCAGAGGGCGGCUGAGAAGAGUUCGAAACACGGGGCGGAGGACAAGGCAAACAGCAUCAUCACCGCAAUGAAGGAAAGGAUGAAGCAGCGAGAGCGAGAAAAGCCGGAGAUCUUCGAGCUCAUCAGGAACGUAUUCGGAGUGGAGGAGAAAAGCCACAUUGGCCACAUGAAGGCUGUGAAACAGAGCGUUCUCGAUGGGACGAGCAAGUGGUCCGCUAAAAUAGCCAUCACAGUGAUUUGCGCGCAGGGGUUGAUUGCAAAGGACAAGAGCGGAACCUCCGACCCGUACGUUACGGUCCAGGUCGGCAAGGUUAAGAAACGGACCCGCACGAUGCCCCAAGAGCUUAAUCCUGUGUGGAACGAGAAAUUCUACUUUGAAUGCCACAACUCGUCUGACAGGAUAAAGGUCAGGGUUUGGGAUGAAGACAACGAUCUGAAGUCGAAGCUCAGGCAGAAAUUGACGAGAGAGUCGGAUGACUUUCUGGGACAAACCAUUAUCGAGGUUCGCACAUUGUCCGGUGAGAUGGAUGUGUGGUACAACCUGGAGAAAAGAACAGACAAGUCUGCUGUUUCGGGAGCGAUUCGACUACACAUCAGCGUGGAAAUCAAAGGAGAGGAAAAGGUGGCGCCUUAUCACGUGCAGUACACGUGUCUGCACGAGAACCUGUUCCACUCCCUGUGCGAGAACAACGGCGGCAUCGUGAGCUUGCCACAAACGAAAGGCGACGACGCGUGGAAGGUGUACUUUGACGAGGCGCCACAAGAAAUAGUUGACGAGUUCGCGAUGAGAUACGGCAUCGAGUCCAUCUAUCAAGCCAUGACCCACUUCCACUGCCUGUCUACAAAGUACCUGUGCCCCGGUGUGCCUGCGGUCAUGAGCACCCUCCUCGCCAACAUCAACGCCUACUACGCCCACACGACGGCAUCGUCGGCCGUCUCCGCCAGCGAUCGGUUUGCGGCCUCCAACUUCGGGAAAGAGAAGUUCGUGAAGUUGCUGGACCAACUGCACAACUCUCUGAGGAUAGACUUGUCGAUGUACCGCAACAACUUCCCGGCGUCGAGCCAGGAGAAGCUCAUGGACCUCAAGUCGACCGUGGACCUGCUCACGAGCAUCACGUUCUUCAGGAUGAAGGUCCAAGAACUGUCCAGCCCGCCCAGAGCGAGUACGGUGGUCAAGGACUGCGUGAAAGCCUGCCUGCGAUCCACCUACCAGUUCCUCUUCGAGAACUGCUACGAGCUUUACAACCGCGAGUUCCAGGUGGACCCCAACGAAGCGAAGCGCGAGGCGGAGGACCACGGGCCGCGGCUGGACAGCCUGGACUUCUGGCACAAGCUGAUAGCGCUCAUCGUGUCCGUGAUAGAGGAGGACCGCAACAGCUACGCGCCCGUGCUCAACCAGUUCCCUCAGGAGCUGAACAUCGGACAGCUGUCUGCAGCGACGAUGUGGGGCUUGUUCGCGGUUGACAUGAAGUACGCGCUCGAAGAGCACGAGCAGCACCGGCUCUGCAAGUCCUCCGCCUACAUGAACCUGCACUUCAAGGUCAAGUGGCUGCACACCAACUACGUCAAGGACGUGCCUCCCUACAAAGGAUCUGUACCUGAAUACCCGGCGUGGUUUGAACCUUUUGUAAUGCAGUGGUUGAACGAGAAUGAUGAUGUCUCUUUGGAGUACCUACAUGGAGCUUUUAACAGAGACAAGAAAGAUGGGUUCCAACGCAGCAGCGAGCACGCCCUGUUCUCCAACUCGGUGGUGGACGUGUUCACGCAACUCACGCAGUGCUUCGACGUCGUGUCGAAGCUCGAGUGCCCGGACCCGGAGAUCUGGAAGCGCUACAUGAGGCGGUUCGCAAAAACCAUCUCGAAGGUGCUCGAAGCGUACGCCGACAUCGUGAAGAAGGAGUUCCCCAGUCACCUCAAGGAAGAGAGGAUAGCGUGCAUCCUGAUGAACAACAUCCAGCAGCUGAGGGUGCAGCUGGAGAAGAUGUUUGAGUCGAUGGGGGGCGAGAAGCUGGAGGAGGACGCUGCCAUCAUCCUCAAGGAGCUGCAGCAGAACCUCAACUCCGCCCUCGACGACCUGGCAAUGCUGUUCGCCACGAGCCUGGAGACGAGGAUAACGGUGAGCGUGCGGGAGCUGGGCGACCUGCUGCUGGCCAUCAAGGGGGGCGGCCAGGUGACCUUGAACCAGCCGUCGCAGAGGAACGCCGUGGCCGCGGAGGCCGACGAGGUCCUCAGGCCGCUCAUGGACCUGCUCGACGGUUCCUUGUCGCUGUACGCUCAGUCUUGCGAGAAAACGGUGCUGAAGAGGUUACUCAAGGAGCUGUGGAAGAUCGUCAUGAGAAUCCUGGAGAAACAGGUGGUGCUGCCUCCAAUGACUGACAAAAGUAUGAUUCUCAAGAACCUAACUGAUAAUGCCAAGAACAUUGCAGCGAAUGCUAAGAUCGAAGACAUGUCUCGGCUCUUCAAGAACCCAAUGGGCAAGCAAGAUGUGAAAAGUGCAAUAACAGGUGUCAUGGACAUCUCGAAAGACGUGGAGAAGAACCUGUCGCCGAAGCAGUGCGCGGUGCUGGACGUGGCUCUCGACACGAUCAAGCAGUACUUCCACGCGGGCGGCAACGGCCUCAAGAAGACCUUCCUGGAGAAGUCGCCCGAGCUGCAGUCCCUCCGCUACGCCCUCUCGCUGUACACGCAGACCACCGACACGCUCAUCAAGACCUUCGUCACGUCGCAGAUGCACGAGGACACGCUGAGCCUGGACGACGGCAGCGUCGGGGAGGUCUCCAUUCAAGUGGACCUGUUCACGCAUCCUGGAACAGGGGAGCAUAAGGUCACGGUCAAAGUUGUGGCGGCAAACGAUCUCAAGUGGAACACCGUCUCUGGAAUUUUCCGUCCUUUUGUGGAGGUGAAUUUGAUUGGACCUCAUCUCGCUGACAAGAAAAGAAAACAAGCUACCAAAUCAAAGUCCAACAACUGGUCUCCAAAAUACAAUGAAACGUUUCACUUCAUCAUCGGCAACGAGGAGCAACUGGACUUCUUUGAGCUGCAUAUCUGCGUGAAGGACUACUGCUUUGCACGGGACGACCGCCUGGUGGGCGUGGCCGUGCUGCAGCUGAAGGACAUUGUGGAGCAGGGGUCCUGCGCAUGCUGGCUGUCCCUCGGCAAGCGCAUCGCCAUGGACGAGACGGGCUGGACCAUCCUGCGCAUCCUGUCGCAGCGCACCAACGACGAGGUGGCCCGCGAGUUCGUCAAGCUCAAGUCCGACAUACGUACAGAGAACCCCCUACCGAACCCCACUUGAGGGGGAUCACGUGCGGGGUGAACCGGCCCCUCCACCCAUCGCAUCGUUUCUUCUGCCUCCCCGCAGCGUCGGCCGUCCGAAACUCGCAUCGUCGAUCCCGCGAGGCGACCCUCAAGCCUUGAACGCACUCCCACUCGUGACCAGAGUGUUCAUUUCAGCAGUUAAUGGGAGGGGGAAAAAAAGUAACAUUUUUUACGAUGAUGAAGAGUCCUUAAAUCAUCAUUUUGGCAGAAUAUCACAUUGAAGGGAAUCAACUCAUCUGCUAACGUCGGAGCCACAUAUUUUUUUGUUCGGCCAGAGAAUGCAUUUACUUUGGCCGACACCUCCUACGACCUAAAAGUCUAAGCCAACGUGUUACGCAUGCGUGUUAGGUGAAGUGACUUUUCUGAGGUUCACGAGUUACACCCUGUUCUACCACGCAGUUCCCGCAUGAAACUGCCUCGUCAAUGGUUACGCACAAGUUAGUAUGCCAGUGGUACGUAUCUGACGAUAACUUUAAACGACACACACAAAUGGGACACUGAAGCGUGUAAAGCCUGCAGUGCUGUAGUGUCGAGCUACAGGAAAAAAUUUAUCUCUUUGUUAUCGCACAGAAAAAUUAACAAUAACACACAAAUGUUUUUGUAUGAAAAUAAAAUAUUGUAGUUGAGUUGAUGUUACGACACACUCUGGUUUACUGCGUUCUAGUAAACGAGAGCGAUAAAUAAUGAUAAUAACAGUAAAAAAUGUUGCAUCUAUAAAA